AUGCCUGGCAGAGAAGUCGCAAGAAACUUUAUGGUUACUGAAAGCCACUUUAGCCGAAUAUUUGCAACUUGGAUAAAUUUUCUUGCUCACAAACUGAAAGAGCUCACUGUCUCUAAAGUGGAAGACUUGCAACCCAAUCUACCAAAGUCGUUCCGGGGUUUCGAAAAUACCAGAUUGUUGCUUGAUGCAACAGAGAUCCGAGUCCAGAAGCCCUCUUCACUUAAUGCGCAAAGGCAGACCUUUUCAUCAUACAAACAUUAUCACACUUACAAAGUUGUUAUUGGGUGCACUCCAGAUGGGUACAUUGCAUUCGUUUCAAAGCUUUGGGGAGGCUCUGUUUCAGAUAGUGCUGUUAUUGAGGAAAGUGGUAUCUUAGAUGUCCUUGAACCAGGUGACGGUAUCAUGGUCGAUAAAGGAUUUGCUUUCCCUGCCUUGCCACCCCAUAUUAAGCUAUACAGGCCACCACAUCGCCAAUGCCACGAACCCCAAAUGAGCUGUGGUGAUGUUGCAGAGACCAGGAACGUGGCACGGGCAAGAGUACAUGUGGAAAGGGUAAUCCGGAGAGCAAAAUAUUUUCAUAUUCUGGACAAGCCCUUCCCAACCUCCAUGAUAGACAUAGCAGAACAAGUGUUUCAUGUUUGUUGUUUCUUAAGCAAUUUUCGUUUGCCGCUGAUUAACAACCUAGCAUAA